GGCCAUUUGCGCUUUUUUGGCUUUAUCUGCGACAGCAACACACGAACGCUACACUCUGCUGCGUGCACAUUCGCUUUUGUAUUCGAAUUUGGAGUAUGCCAGCCAACUGGUUCCGAUCUGAGCGGCUCUUUGUGUGUGGCGAUCAUAUUCCGAAUUGGACUGCGCGAGAACUUAGGACAGCCAAAGCAUUCGUUAGUUAACCGUUGUGAUAGCUGAACGUGCAGAUCGUAUGCACAUCGUAAGCUCCGGUUCGAGCCAGUGUACCAUAUCGGGCCUUGAUUUGCAAAAGUGUAACGGUGGGAGAACAAACGUACGCAAACCGUCGCUGCUAUUGUGCGUGGUGUCCCAUUUUAGUAAGUGAGCCAUUUAAUAGUUUUCCACUUUUCAUCAUUUGUUUAACCGAAUUGAAAUCAAACGUGUGGCGUGUGCAGUGCAAUAAAAUUACAACUUUGUGGUAUAUGCAUGAUCGCGUGUGGUUAAAUACGCCAGUAAUUGCAGCCUAUGGCAAACCAACUAACCAACUUUAACCCAGAAAGAGUGCAUUGCUAACUUCAGGUAAAAAACAAAAACAGAAAAACACAGAAAAAAAAUGUCAGAGUCGCGAUCGUCGUGUACGAACACACAUUCGCUCGCACAGUGAAAACCCAGCUCGAACUUGAUUUCGGCAAUUCUUCAUUCUUCAUUCUGCAUUCUGCAUUUCAUUUUCAUUUUCGGCUUAGCGUCGAACGUUGAACGUUGAACAUCGAGCGUCACCUAGUUGGGUUGAAAAUUGUCGGCUGGCAGGGCGGUUCGCUUGCAUUCAAACUGUUGCAACCGGCUGGUGAUGCUGGCCACAGUGGUCUUCGCAUUGCGCAUAUUGGUGUCGUGCGCUGUCUUGGCCAAUCUGCACAAAUACCAACGUCCGCUAGAUUUUGCUUGCCUGGCAAUUGUGCUCGGCGCAGGCGCAUACUACAUUGACGCGCAGCUGCGCGAGUGGUUCUUUAGCGAGAUCACACGGCUGUGCUAGCGCGUGAACGGACCGCGAAAGAAGCGAAAGAAGGGCAUGCAUAAAUGCCAAUCAGUGAGGCAAAAGCAUCAAAAUCUAUUUGCAAUUCUAAUUCAACUCGGUGUGUAGUGUAUGCGGGUUAAUGUUUUGCAUGCAUAAAUAAAUUAUGCAAUGGAGUUUUGAAAAAGUAAUGUCAUUAAAACGUCUAUCGGCAGCAAAAGUGGAAGUGUUGCAAAAAAAUUGUACGAGAAAAAAGCCAAUUGCGAAAAAAGUUCGAAUAGUUGUGCAAAAGUGUUGAUUGUAUUUUGAACGGAAUCAAUAAAAAUGCAUGGAUAAGUGUGAGCUCAUCUUUAUAAUGCACAAUUCUUACACAAUAUAUGAUAGUUUUUACGAAAAAAUUUAUAACAUAGUGAAGUUAAUAGAGAAGUGCUGGAAAUAAAGAAAACAUAAUGUUUGUGGAUAUUGUGAAACUAGUUUUUACCCUUUGUAACAUUAUUUGUAUAAAAUAUCAGUAGUAGAAUUGAGUAAUCCAGCAGGAGAUUGGAUUAACUUGAAAUAAGCAAAUAAUUAGUUUCAUACUUCAUAACUCGGUAUUACAAUAAACCAAAAAUAAGUGAAACGAAAAGUGAGCUGAGAAAGAAGGCAAAGCCGCGUUGAGAAACUGAAAGUUCACUGUUAUUGGAUUGUGAUUUACUUGAAUGCAACAACUCGGGGAAAAGUUGCAAGAACCCUUCCAAUUGAGAUUAUGUGUGCAAAAACAACAAGUAUUUGCCGAUGUACGACAAAUCAAAGAAAACCUGGAGUCAACGGCUCAAAAUUACGAAAACCACAGAGAGCAGUAACGCCACAUCAGCAACAACCGCAAGCACAUUCACGGAGUCUAGCGCGACGGUGACAGGCUUACAUCAAUUGGAGAACAUAGCCGCUGCGGCAGGCACAGCAAGACCAACAAUAACAAAAACGAAAAUAACACAAGAUUCAGCAUAUAAUGCAAAUAAUUUUGGUCGCCACCAAGUACACGUACAGCAAUAUCAGACAGUAGCAACAACUAUGCAUUUACCAACACUUCAACUUAGUGAUUAUCACAUCGGCAAUGGUGGGGUCAGCGUCAGUGGCGGCGGCGGUAUUGGCGGUGUCAAUGGCGGCUAUGAGUAUUUACCAAGCUCUCUCUCACGCUCCAUGAAAUACGCAGAGCCAUGGAUCUAUGGCACCGUCCGCGGAAUACCCGCGCGCCCUUCAUACCACCACUUUAUGCCACAGGCAUCAUCGUCACCAGGCAAUUACAUGCAACCAUUGGCGGUGGUCAUUUGUUCGUGCCCCGAGUACUUGAACGGCACUAAACGCGAUGUGAAGAAGGCGAGCGUAUGUAAAAAGUGUAAAGGUUCACGCCUACCCUUGACGCCCAUCGGUGGCACUAUGCGUCUCGCAGCUGGCGGUAUGCUUUCCACUACAAAAAUGCGUAGCAGUGGAGCUGCCACCGUCCGCGUAGUAAGCACUUCGAAAAAAGCACGUCCCACUAUACUUGACCCGCAGAAAGAUCCGUAUGAUUUAAUGCGACGAACGCGUCUGCUAUCACCCGAGCCGGGCAACAGUAGCACCAGUGGUGGUGGACGCGAUACGACGGGUAGCACACGAGAUAAAGAUAAACUGCGUAGUCGUGGCAAAAGUGCAAGUCCCGUACGUGGACGUAGCCGUAAACGUGGUCAGUUGCCAACGUUGUACCAUAAGCAGAAUGUGUCCAAUGGUGGUAUACGGGAGGAACCCGAUUGUUGGCUGGUGGAGGACACAGAUACGCUUUUAAAUGCCUCCGGGGCAAUCAGUAGCGAGGGUAAUGCCACUCGGCGUUCCAUAUUACGCUGCAAUGUAAAUCCAUAUGAUCUGAUCUCACACAACCAAUCUUCUAGUAGUGGCACAACAACAAUCACAACGCCAACACGCUGUAAGCCAUCCACCCUAACUGCCAGCUCCAGCGCCAAAUCUGCCUCACAUAAUGAGUUCAUGCCACCAAAUGACGACUUUAAUGUGGCAGAUGCGGCACUCUCCGAGGAAGCACCACCAUUUGCCUCCAACCUGGUAGUUGGCGUUUCACGCAUGACUGACACCAGCAAUAAUCAAGCAGCUAAAACGCUACGCGCUUCAAAAUCAAAGGCAGAAAAUAAAACAACGGUAUUGCGACGUGAGAGCCGCAUAGCUGCCGCGCCAAAUACGUGUGUAAACAUCAGCGAGGAAGAUGGUAGCAGCUCAUAUGACGAAGAAAUGCAUGGUAAACGCAACUACAAUAAUGUUCAAGCAAUUGCCGGGCAACGCAUUAGCUUGGGUGGCAAAUCUACAACCAAAUCAUUAAUCAAACAAAACGAGGAUGGACGCAGAUAUGAGAGCAUUAUAGUCGCUGAUACGACGAAAGAAUCUACGAGCAAACAGCAGUUCAAACGAAAUGAAAUGCAGAGAAAAUCACAAGAUUCCUCCACUACGCCAACACCCACACAACCAAGUCAACCGCCACGUCUACGCAAAUCUGAAUCGAGUGAAAGUGCUGAAAGCGAAGCAGAACACAGCCGAACAAAGAAUGAAGCUAGUAAAUCAUCUGCUCUCGCACUAGAUGGCGAACGUGUUAUGGUAUUGACAUUCACGCCAAACCAAAACAUCAAGUCGAUACUGAAGCGUCCCACAUCCAAUACCGCGGAGAGCGGUGCCGACUCGCCAAUUGCCAAGGAUCAGCAAACAUUAUUACCCGUUGGCGCUUCCAGCAUUGGCGCAAAAGCAAUGACACCUAGUAAUCAGCGCCACAUAGCCACAGUGAUCCCCUCGCCCACGACCAAAUCGCAAUUUUACAUUCCACUUCCACAGACACGAAAAAAAGUGCAGUUUCGUGAAGAAGAGCGCAUCGUACAUGCGCUAGACUGUGACAUGGCGAGCAGUGAUGAAGCCACUGAGGUUGCUGAAAUGCAGGAGAUUUCAUCUGACAAAGAGGAUGGCAAAGAGUUGGAUGAUACAAGCCAUCAAUCGCCCAGACCCACGACCAAUUACGAGUACUACAAUCGAAAACGCGAACAACAACGCUUACAACGUUUGAAAAAUACUUCCGAGGCCGAAAGAACACAUCCCCCCGGGCAAUCGACGCCGUUGUCACUAACGCUGCCAAAACAGGAUGCAUUGCUAGCGGAAUUGCAGCAAUAUUCCGAUUUUGUAACGCAAGUGAUUGCUCAAGCAAGCAAUAGCUACAUUAACAGCAACAACAAAAGCGCUGCGAAUACUGUGCACGAUUAUGAUGGCUAUAAUUUUGAUGAGCCAGCCAUUGAAAAGCGUGCUGCAGCCUCCAGCAGUGCAACAGACUCAAUGCAUUAUGAGGAUUUAAGUCCCAUAACUAGUGGCGAAGGCAGCGAUGGCCCCACCACUGCUAGCAGUUACGCUACCAAUAAUAAAAACAGCACCAGCGGCGGCAGUCAACAACAAAGUUGCAACGCCGACGAGAAAACUAUGUCAUUUAGUGGCACGAAAAUGUUGCUUACUCAACAAAAUGCCGGCAGGUCGACGCAUUCAUCACCAGCAAUAAAGGCAGCAACGGUAGCGUCGACAUCAUCGACAGCAUUACCGCCAACAACAAAAGCCACAAACGAUCAAUCACUUGCCGCAGCAACAGUGCAAGCAGCUGCCGCCGUGUCACAUGUCAUUCGCAGUGACAAAAAUAAUGAUUAUGAUGAUGCUGCUAACGCUGAUGGCGAUGUUGGCCAGCCGGACGCCGUCAAUAAGGGCAACAACAACAACGAUAACGAGAGCAGCGACGAGGAUGUGUACGAGGAUGCGCACGACGACAGCGCUGACGACGAUAUGAACAGCAUUAUGUUGGGCAGUACAGUGGCUUUGACCACAGCCACGGCAUCCACUGCCACUGAUGAUGUGCUAAAAGCGGAGCUCGGCGCCAAUGUUGCAACGGCAAAAGUACCCGCCAGGGAAACUGCCCAUUACGCUAACCUGGUUAAAGAUGGGGAGCUCAACAAUAGCAAGAAAAGCGCCAACAAAGCUGAGCAGCCACAAGCGACACAAUUGCGAGAUCCCCACAUCAGACGUUCACAAAGCGAACGCCACCCACGUGCUACUACACAAGCAAUAAUACGCGCUGACAAUGCCAGCGGGAAAAACACCAACAAUAUCAACAACAACGACUAUCAACUAGAAGACCACACAACAAAUUGUGACCUGCGUUUUGCGUCAGACACUUGUGCCGGAAGGAGCAACGCAAGCAAGGAACGCAAGUACAGCAACAACAGUCAUAAAAACAACAAAACUGAAAGUUACCGCGAAGAGGCCAUUUUGAGUUUUAAAGAUACCAUGGCAUUGCGCGGCAAGCUGCACCGCAACGAUAGCCGAGAUUUAUUUGCACGUCCGCGCGAGCCACCACCUCCGCCACCCACACCCACAUCCAGCACGGCCAGUAGCCAUGUAGCCGAUGCACCAGCAACAGCUGCUCCUCAAACGACCUCGACCGCCACCACAAACGACAACAGAGCUGGCAAUAACAAGGCCGCAGUUAUACCAGCCACAAAAGACGGCAUGCCAGCCAUUGCACUAAUGGCGACGGAGACGUCCACAAUUACCGCGGAGUCGACACAAAACUGCCAAGCAAAUAUUUCGACGCUAUCGCUUGUGCCUGCAACAAGCCAGCAGCCGACGGGCAACAAAGCAAAUAAUGCACCAGGCGCAGAAAAAAAUUCACGAUUCUCCAAAGUCAGCACAAACGGAUUAGAGGAGCAGCAGCAAGAACAAGAAGUGUGUACAAAAACUCAAACGCAGCUGGCAUUUGAAAGCCUCUCAGAUAACGCACAAUGUGGCAUGCAGCAAAUGGUAACACAAAAUAGUCGUGAAACAAAAGCACAGCAAGAACAACAAAAGCAAUAUGUUCCUAACGCCUGGGAGAGCACAGUUCGCACGAUAACAACACCGCGUAGCAGCAGUGCCUACAUUACCGCUAAUACCUCGCCACACCAACGCACUGUUGUACGCCUUGCACCGUUCAACAAAACCAAAACCACUUCGGAAGUUCAUCGUCUCAAAAUAAGUCACACCGACAACGACGAUGUAUUUAGUAUACAACCACACCUUUGGGCAGGCCAAUCACAUCAGUCGCCCACAUCACCGCACUACAGCUUCCAGUAUAAUGGUACGAAUGGUUCAACGUUCGCCGGUGAAGCGGCUGACCUCACUAUGUCUACUGCACAGAAGAAAACUUCAAUUUUAAUUAACGGUGAUGACUGCUACUCAACGAUGAAUCUAAGUUGCGACGAUGCCAGCACACCACUCUAUCAAUCUUCAGUGGUGGUGGCUGACUACAGUGCCAAAACGAUCACGAGGGACACAGCAAAUGAUUUUGCACUUGGCAGCAAUUAUGGUGGACUUAGAGUUACGACCACAUCAAACACAGUCACUAUCAAUGUCAGUAGUCCUCGCAGUGUCGCAGAGGAGUUGAUUUAUCAGCACAAUAAAAUCAAUAUGAUGUUGAGUCGACAAGCUGAAAACGGCAAUGGACGGGCUAUUAUACCAAUUAAGAGCUCUACAGAAGUAAACCUUCAACGCUCAGCAUCUUCGACAUCGUCAACAUCGACUAGCUCGAUCACCAGCUUGAGCAGCAGUGGUAGUGGCGGCGGAAGUAAUGGUUCAAUACCGAAACACGAACGAACUUUAAUUAAAUUGGAUUACGAGCCAGAAAAGUCGACAAACCUUCCGCAACAACAGCAAACAGAGUUGUGUUCGGAUAUUGAAGUUAGUGUGAAAACUCCUGAGGCUGAUGCCAGCAAGGCAAAUAUUGGCGAACCACUAUCACACGAAGAGGAGUUAUUAAAAAUUUUGCGUAAUCCGGUUGAGGCUGUGAAAAGAAAUCUGGUGCCACAUAUUUGCGGUCGUAACGAAGCGUCAACUACGCGAGAUGCCGUAAGAAAUAAAAAAAUGAAAAAUCUUGCCAAGCAGGUUGUUGUCGAGAAAGACACCAAAGCUACAACUGACAAAGCAAUUUUGUUGAAUGACAAUCCUGGCGAGACAAAUACGCCGAAAACAAUGUUUUCAUCUACAACACAAAAUAAAACUUCGUUCAUUACGAAAUUGCUUGAAGAUCCAAUGCUUAGUCAGGUUGCCGACGGUUUAGAAACCGAAACCGUUGCCGAGCUUAUCGAAAACUCGUUGAGACGACUGCAAGAAUCACGUAGCACAGUAGAUAUGACUGGUACCAAAGAUAAUGAUGACAUGAAUCGCUUAAUCAAUAUAUCGCUGCAGAAAAUCAAGGAAGAGCGACAGCAUUCCGUGAUAUCUGCACCGCAAGCAGCGAAUGUGCCUUCCACACCCAACAAUACCCACCUCACUGUACCCACCAAAGAUGAAGAUGGCAUGUCAAAUCGUGGCAGCAUUAGCUCUGCGAACAGUUUUGCGUCGGCCAAUAACUAUGAAAUGUUUGACUUCGACGCUAACGAGUCCGACUGCUAUCAGAGCUGCUCUAGCGAAAUCACAACGCCAGGCGAUGAUGAUAUAAGCUCCGCAAAUACGCGUUCAAAAUUCUAUCAGAUGCUGGUCGAUGCCACACUAGCAGAAAUAGAAAUGUCUACCAAUUUGGAUGAAGAUAUAGGGAGUCAUCACUACGAGUCCAUACGCAAUAACGCCGAUCCCAUUUAUGAGGAAAUCAAUGAUGUACCGCCACCCUUGCCAUUAAGCGCACCGCCACUCAACGAUACCGAUUUGGAGAAGAAGGCAGCGCGUUCAAUCUUCGAAGGGGCAUCAAAAUAUGAUAUACUCUCAUACCUUGUGGAUGCUAAAGAACGUGGUGUAGUACGUGAAGAAACUUUCGAUUAUCCGCUGAGUUGUUCUAAUCCCAUAAUUAUAGAAGAAGAAGCCUGUGACACACUCAGCGAGCUCGGUAAACGUCAAACAAUGCGCGAUCUCAGUUCACGCGCCUCAAUCUUGAGCGAUUCGAGCGAAGAUGCACAAAGUACGAUGAGCUCGCUCUCUCCGCCAACCAACAACUUCAUUUGUGGCAACGGCAGUCAUCCAAGUCUUUUGCAACGCAACAAAGGCGCCUCCAGCGAUAUUGAACGCAACGAUUCUGGCGUCGGCUCAGAGACUAGCAAAAGCUCACGAAGUAAAUAUCAAAACCCUCUGCCGACAGUUAAUGCACAGCUUUCCAAAGACUGCCCCGUACACCUGUGUGAGGACUGCGAUGGUCCUGUUGAGACACAAGUCACCGACUCUGGCAUUAUGUUUGCGCCACUCGUUUGUCGUAAAUGCGGCAAAAAGCGUGUGGAACGCAAAGAGAUUAUAACAGAAAUUGUCGAAACAGAGGAGAAGUAUGGACGUGAUUUACAAAUUAUUUUAGAGGAGUUUUGUCACCCCAUGCUGGUCGCCGGUCUACUGACACAGGAGCAGCUCUCUGCAAUCUUCUUGAAUACCGAAGAAUUGCUCGAGAACAAUCAAACACUGGCGGAGCGUAUGCGCGACGCACUCGACAUUGCUCUCGAGCAAGGCGACGACGAUCUGCUGACAGUGAACAUCGGUAAGAUAUUCCUCGAUUUCACGCAGAUGUUGCACGCCUUCGAGAGCUACUGUGUGCGACAGGCGGGCGCCAGUUUGCUGCUGGCCAAUCUUGAAAAGGAAAAGGAGCUACUCCGCAUAUUCCUCAAGGUCUCUCAAAUGGAGAACGCCGUCUUACGUCGCAUGAAUCUUAAUUCGUUCCUCAUGGUGCCCGUACAACGUGUGACUAAAUAUCCGCUCUUACUCGCUCGCCUCUACAAAGUCACACCGGCUCAUCUCGAAGGACGUGACCAACUAAAGCAGGCACAAGAGAAAAUCGAACUGCACCUUAACCAUAUCAACCAGGAAGCCAAAGAUAUACCAACCAAACUAUGGCGCCGCAUAUCGUCAUCGAGUCCUAAUCGACGUGCUUCCAGCGAAAUCGAUAUGAUCAAUAUAAAACUACGGAAAAUGGCCAUCGAUAUUCUCGAAUGGAAUCAUGAUGAAGUACGUUUUGCCAUGGAGGGCAAACUGUUGUACACACAACCUACAGAUAGUAAUUGGAAGAAGGCUCGCACCAUCAAACUGACGCCAGUUAAUGCAUUACUCGUUACGAAUGGCAAGCCAAGUGCCAAUUACAAGGCAGAAAAAGUUAUGUCAGAUAAACUGAAUUUCCCGAAACACACCGGCAUACGAGAGGCCUCAUUGCUGGUGGUAAAGGAAAAAUGCGGACGUUACACGUUGGUACGUGAGCCAUUGUAUCUGGAUAGAUGCGUUGUGUGCAGCGAAGCGGAUUGGGAUGAAUAUUUCGAGAUACAGGAAAUCUCAUCGAAGGACACUUUCAUAUUUAAAGCCGAGGAUGGUGUUCGCACGAAGCAAUGGUACACACAGUUGCAGUUCCACGCACAGGGGAUGGGCGCAUGGCGCAAACGACGCAAUGCACUGGCCAACAUUAUGAUUAACGGUAUGUUGGCGCGCAACUAAGCCGAUGGAGUGGCAACAACAGCAACACUUCACUAGCAGCCCAGCAUUGAGGGAAAACCAGCUUAAAAUGUACGAGGAAAAACGCGAUUUUCCAACGAAAGAUUAAAAACGAAGCAAUUUCAAUGCUGAUAAAAACCGUUAAAUUUAAAAAAUUAAAAUAUAAAAAAUAGAGCAAAACAAAAUACGAAAAUUACAACUCAAAAAUUGUUAAUAUGGUAAAUUUAUUUUGAAAGAAGUUGAUAAGUCGAUUUUUUGUGUUUUAGGUAAUGCGUAUGCAUUUUUUGUUUUUCAAAAAAUUAAUGAUGUGUUAUGAAAUAUGUACUUGUAGACUAAAAGUUAUUAGCUAUUUUAAAUAGAAUGUGCGUUCAGCAUUUCUCACAUCUCUUAUAGUUCUAGUAGCCAGCCGCGUUAGGGAAUCUAGUAUGCGACAAUAAAUAUGUAAAUAUGCAUAUAUUAAUCAAUUUUGUUGAAUAUUGUUUGUGUGUUUCUGUACGUAAAGACGUUAGUGAUUACAAAGUUUUAAGAUAUUGUUUAGAAAUUUUGGUUUUAGAUUUGCAAAAUUUCGAUUUUCCCGUUGUGUAUAUUAAGAAUAAUGGAUAUUUACGAGGAUGUAUGUACAUUCUACUUCAUAUGUUACAGAAGCAAUAAUAAAUUAAAAUUGAACUGUAAUUUAACGAAACAUUGUAUUAAAAUAAACCGUUAUAACUAUGUAACUGCAUGCAUAUAAAAGCUGAUACUAUAUUUAUAUAUAUAUGUAUAUAUAUGCAUUUACUUACAUAUACAUACAUAUACUAAAACGAACUAACAUUAUAUUAUUCUCUACGCAAAAAUAUAAAAAUAUUCCAGAACACAUACACACACACACUAUAUAUAACCUGUAUGACGAAACAAUAAAAUGAUUUAAAACCGUCAAAUAUAAAAAA